GCGUGAGGGUCCGGCUGCUGGGGAAGGAGGGAGGGAGCCUCCCCCUGGCCCUCCUCCCGCUUCCCCCUCCCCGCCCGCACAGCCGCCUGGGCCUGGGCCGGGCUUGGGCCGAGAGGCGGAGGCGCUCGGCAGAGCCUUAAAACUUUCUGGAGCGGCCGUGGCGCUUGGGGGCAAUGUGGCUGCUGUGGCUGCUCCUGGGCUCGGCGGAAGGCCAACAGUUGCCUUGGAAUAACUUCACAAAUGAAUGUAAUAUUCCUGGAAACUUCAUGUGCAGUAAUGGACGUUGCAUCCCAGGAGCCUGGCAAUGUGAUGGGCUGCCAGACUGCUUUGACAAAAGUGAUGAGAAGGAAUGCCCAAAAGCCAAAUCUAAGUGUGGCUCCACCUUCUUCCCCUGUGCGAGUGGAAUUCACUGUAUCAUUGGCCGCUUCCGAUGCAAUGGUUUUGCAGACUGUCCUGAUGGCAGCGAUGAAGAAAACUGCACAAAUCCCUUGAUAUGCUCUACUGACCGAUUCCACUGCAGGAACGGCUUGUGCAUUGACAAAAGCUUUAUGUGUGACAAUCAGGAUAACUGCCACGACAAUAGUGAUGAGGAUAGCUGUGGAAACCCUUCUGAAACUGGCAGCGACCAGAAUUAUGUGACCUCAGAGCCUCAGCUGAUCUUCUAUCCCAGCAUCACCUAUGCAGUCAUUGGCAGCUCUGCCAUUUUUGUGCUGGUAGUGGCCCUCCUCGCUUUGGUUUUGCACCACCAGCGAAAGCGCAACAACCUCAUGACGCUCCCUGUGCAUCGACUGCAGCACCCCGUCCUCCUCUCCCGGCUGGUUGUCCUCGACCACCCACACCAGUGCAGUGUCACCUACAAUGUCAACAACGGGGUCCAAUACAUGUCCAACCAGGCCUACCACAGGCCACCAGACCUGGACUCCCCACCAUCCUAUUCAGAAGCUGUACUCGACCAAAGCAGACCACCGUGGUUUGAUCUUCCUCCACCUCCUUAUUCCUCAGAAUCAGAAUCCCAGAGUCACAUAGAACUCCCUCCAUAUCGCUCUCGGACUGGGAGUGUGGUGAGCACAGAUGCUACAGGGGCAAGAAGUCCAGGGACUGGGGACAGUAGUCGAACGAGAAGCAGCGCUGCCAGUGUGGACGUUCGUGGCGCACCGUGUGAAAUUACAGCUGAGCAGAGUGACUCUCUGAUCAAUUCAGAUUCUGUCAGAGCGCUGUAAACAAUAAGGUUCUUAUGGAUCGACUGCUUGGGCUUGGACUGGACCUAGGAAGUCCAGGGUCACUUGGACUGCUUCCACACAACAACUGCAGUGUAUUAGGGAGAUUCUGUAGCACAUUCCACACUGAAACAAACCGGGGCUUUGCAAACACCGUUAACAGCUUUGCCUCAUGGGAAUGUGAAUGACACCAGUGGCCUCGACCACCUUAGUCUCCAAUGUUUUGUUUUGAGCUUGUGGGAACAGUUCUGGAAUUUCAGUUCAGAUUUAACUUCGACUUUCUGUAACACAUUGUGCUUUUAAGGUAUUUCAAGGGUAUUGACUAUGUGCAUGUGUCGGAAUAUAAUAUAAUAUAAUAUAUGCACAUGUGCCUAGUUCUAUACCUACAUUUCAAAACAUCUCUCUGUUUUUUCUUUAUUUUUUUAAAAAAUGUGUAUUUAUGUCUUGUAAGUAUGUAUGUAAUGUACAAAAUUUGCAUUAUGCAAGUAUUGAUCUGUGUUGCUGGGGGCUACUGGAAUCACCACAAUUUGGGGGGGGGGGGGCAGAGAGAAUCCAAGCCUGAAGAGGAAGUAGAACUGCUAUAACACCCCAACAUUCCUAUGCUACAUGACUUGCUUACUUUGUGCUGGAAUACGGAACCCAAUUUUGAGGUCAGCUUUACGUCCAUGUUUUGAUGGUUAGGUGUCAAAAUGGCCAGUCUGCAGACUCAUCUAGUAGUUGCAGAGUACUUUGUGUCAGCCUUUUCCCCAGUGCUUAAGACUCUUAAGAAGUUUCUCUUUCAGGGUUUUGUAGCAAUAAUUACUGUGUCUUGGGAUUUCAGCUUCCUAUCCAGAGUGGGAAUGGCUUGACCAGGCAUCCCCAAACUGCGGCCCUCCAGAUGUUUUGGCCUACAACUCCCAUCAUCCCUAGCUAACAGGACCAGUGGUCAGGGAUGGUGGGAGUUGUAGUCCCACAACAUCUGGAGGGCCGAGUUUGCCUAGGCCUGGGCUUGACCAUUUGGAGGUUCCUUUUGAGUCCCCUGUUCUGAUAGACAUAUGAAUGUCUGUCCUCCUCUCAAGAUUUUAGGGUGUUUCAGGCUACAUGUGUGCCAAAAUUAAUCUUUCUGGUUGCAGUUAGAGGCAUGCUUUAAUUCCCAUUUUAAGAGAGUGAACUGACAUUUUCCUCUCUCUUUUGUCCCCUUUCCCUUUUUUUAAUCAUUUGAAGUGCCUUGGAAUAUGCAGGUACCAAAUUUCAGAGCUGUAGCUCAUCAGGAAAUAACUUUGAUACUCUAUGAAUUACAACUGUUUUGAUAUAGGAAAAAAGAAACCACAUUUACUCUUUGGUGUUGGCUGGAUGAAAUUUGAUUCACACUCUAUACAGCAAGCUUCAUUUGCUACAUUCGCACUAGCAUUUUCAGGCAUAAGUGCAAAGUGGAGGGGCAUGUUAGCUCUUUUCUUUGCCUGCUUGCAAACAUUCAACACUGCUGUACAGCACAUACCACUGCAAACACUGGUGUACACAUGACACUCACAUUGCUGCAUGGUAUGACUCAGUCUUUAAAAUAAUCAGUACUUGGGCAUCACAUUCAGCCCCUGGAAUCCAGAUACUGUGUUUAUAGGCUUUAAUUGGCUGCAGUGUCUCCUCUUUUAACAACUGGCCUUUCUACCCAAUGCAUUUCUUUAGGCUGUACAUUUGUACUGAAAUAUUUAGUUUUGGACUUCUCAAAUAAAUACUUGUUUUUAAUUGUAUGUUUGCAUCCCUCCCUCCCCCCCCCCAGAUCAAAAUAAGAAAGCCAUCCCCCCCCUUGGGAAACUAAAAAAAAGAAAAAGAAAGAAAAAGCUUGGAGAUCUCAGUUGGUUAGAGCGUGGUGCUGAUAAUGCCAAGGUUGCAGGUUUGAUCCCUGUAUGGGACAGCUGUAUAUUCCUGCCUUACAGGGGGUGGACUAGAUGACCCUCAGGGUCCCUUUCAACUCUACCACAUUAUGAUUCUAGGUAUAAAUAGGGCAGUAUAGGAGUAUAGUGUGCUUUUCCAGCUCACUGCAAGGAACAGUUUGGUAACAAGACAAAUACACUAGCAUGUCUUGGAACCGUGCACAUUUGGUAGAUGUUAAACUUUCCUUCAAAGGCAGCUUCAUUUUCAUAUUCAUAUAUCUUAAAAUUAUGCCCUCUAGUGUGGUAACACUAAACCCCUAAAGGGGCUAUAACUUUUGAAGAGUGUUGAGAAUUUGAAUGUUUUCUGACUGAAUUUAACACAAAAUGAGGUUUUAAACCUCAUUUUAAAUAGUAAUGCAUAAAUAGUACAUCCCCCCCUACAGUGCAUUAGCUAAGAUUCUUCCUAAAGUGUUGCAGUUAUUUACAUAAGCCAGGAUCCAAAGAGCUACUUUAGGCACACCUAAGGGCUUGGGCAUUCCUUGUAUAGUUUUCUUUUCUUUUCUUAGUGUCUGCUAUUCAUUCUCACAUAUUUGUCCCUUCAGUUUGACGUGGCAUAGGAGCAGCUCUGAAGCCUCCAUGACCACGAGGAACUUCAGAUCCCAGUCAAUAGUAUUUGCCUAAUACAGGGAAGGAGAACCUUUGACCCACCAGAUUUUUUUUGCUGGCUGGGGCUGGUGCCACUUGGACUCAACAACAUUUGAAAGGGUGCAGGUUCCACAUCCCUAGUCUAAUACAUGUUCAUUUCUAUCAGUGGAGCAGUGCAUAUUCCAGGAAUAAAAGUUCACAUUCUGGUGGUUAUAUUCCAAAUAGGGAUGCAAUCCAGCAAAACAUGGGUGAGCAGACUUAAGGUGUACAGGAUCUACUUUGCAUUUUACUAAAACUCCCAAGAUCCAUUCUUUGGAGUUGGGCACAAAAGACUUACACUCAGUGCUAUUUUUCUAGAAAAAGAGGUGCCAGAACUCACCCUGAACUCCUCCCUUGUUCUCUUAUAAUGGCAGUGGCAUCCACCUGAGCCUUGCUUACACAUAGAAUAAAAGAACAUGGUGCACCUGAGCAGCUGCUGAGCCCAGAACUGAGCUGAUGAGUUCACAGUCCUUCCCCCCUUCACACAAAAAUCCAUUCCUGGUUAUACCCCCACCCCCCACAUCCCUCAUUUCAGCAGUCUUAAUUUAAUGGUGUGGAAGAGCUUUCUUUGCAAUCAACCAAUAGAUACCGAUCUGCCUUCUGCCCACAUUUGAUGUAUAUAAUUGAAAUGUAUUUUGGUUCCCAGGAAUAAAAAUGGAGUAUUUAUUCAUUUUAUUUUAUUUAACAAUGCUUAUAUACCUCUUGAUUGUAAGUCAAUCCUCUAAGUGGUUUACAAGAAAUAAAGUCCAAAUGAAUAGUUCAAAACUUCACCAAAACUUCACCCUAAAAGGAGCUUAAUAUUGGUCAGCAAAAUUUAAAAUGGCAAUCAAGUUGCAGCUUAUGAUUUUUAGCUGCGUAUUGCAGCUUUUAUUGCCUGUUACUAGAAUACUGAGUUUGUCUCAAAUCUGCGGAAUUGCCCUCAUUAUUUAAAAGAUGAAACUGCUGCAUGAGCAAGUCAGGCUUUGUCGCUGAAUGGACACCCACUGUUUUGCCAUGGCUUUAGCUUAAUUAAAUGAGAUGGCAAACAUAUCUGAGCUGUACAGCUUCAAAAUACAGGGGGAGCACACAAAACUUGAUGAUUUCCCCCCCCCCCCAAGAACAUCUUGUACAUGGGAAAAAAAUAUAAUGGAAGUUACAGCCCUUCUCCCUUACAUUUAGUUUCCCUAUGUAUGUGUCCAUUUGUACAGGUGUUUUAAAAAAUCUGAAAGGGACUUAAGUUCCAUACAGCAGAAAGAGGAAGCAGAUUAUUCAUCAGUUCUGGGACACUUGAUGUGGAGACAGCCCUGUGCUAUUUUCACUGUCAGAUCAUAGAGAUUCGUGUUUAUAAAAAUGUUUCAUUGCUAGCCAUUGGCUGUAUUAGUUUUACAUUAACUUUAAAUUGUGAUUUUUCACAGGCUUUAUAGAAUUGUCUGUACAUUGCUUUGGGAGCAGUUGCUAAAAAGUGCCCUAGAAAUCUUGCAAAUAAAACAGAUCUGGUACAGACAUGCCCUGAGGCAGCUGAGCCUCCACUACCAGCCUCUGCAUCUUACUCCUUGCCUCUCUCCAUUAUGCCCUCCCUGAUUACAAAUUAAACUCUUUAUAUGAUCAUAGAGAGAUAUUGGCCGUGAUUUGGCAGAUCUUGUAAGUUAUAUGCUUAGCAGAAACUCUGCAUUUAGAGGGUUUCUUCAGUGCUCUGUUUCUUCAUUGUUGUAGUGGUCCUGAGAAACAUUAAACUGCUUUUGAAUAUGUCUCCAGUUUUCCCCUCCUUCUUUAAAGAUCUGAAGUUUGUGGGCAGAAGAGGCAAUUAUGAUAUCAAAAAAACUUAGCAUAUCUUCAGAUACCGCUGCAUGCUGUGCCCUGUAUAUCAUACAUUUUAAAGGUUCUCCCAACUUGGGCUUAGAUUAACCUCUUGGUAGCCUCCGAAGUGCCCAGUUCAGUAAUGGCAAUUCAUUCAUUUCAUCCUUUUGCCUUUGAAGAAUGUAGUCUAACAAAACAAAAACAAAAACCAGGUCCCUUACGCCUUGCUUGAGAAGGUGCAGUAGCAGCAGUGUGAUUGAGAAGGCGGGAUGUUUAUCCAGUUGAAAAGAGCAUUGCAUCUUUUCAACUGGAAUUACGACAUUAAACCUAUAUGAAGUCUCUAAACUCAAUUUGUACUUUGAACAUUUUAAAACUGAAUUGUAUCUUAAGUAUACAACGCCGUGGCAUCCAGGGUGCAGCUGGGCAUAAAAGAGAUGGCUGUGGACAGAGGUAACUCCCCUCCUUAGCUGAAACCACCACACAGCACCCUUCAGAAACUAUAGUUUCCAGGAUCCUUGGGGGUGUGUGCUUAAAAACAUGUGGUGUGUGCACAGUCUUGAGUCUCAUGCUGUGCUCCACUUGUAUCUUCUUCCAUUCCCUUUCCACAGGACUCUUGGUACUUAAAGGGAGCAGCACACCAGGAAACAUCCACUCUCAAAUGCAACAUUCAACUUGUAUUGCAAGCUGCCAACUACACAGUUUUGGUUCAGGUCUCCUUUUCAAGGAAUGCAAAUCCAGGGUGUAUUCAGUCCUCCCUACAAGACUCAUAUUGCAGCCCAGAGUCUCACUAGCUACCUUUGAUUGGUGUAUUGGCAGCUUAAGUGAAAACGCUGAGAAUUUUAUCCCUUGAACCCUUUUAUUUUCCAUUCUUUCCCUCCCAUGGAGACAGCCCCCCUCCCCUUUAAAUCUGCUUGGUUUUCUUUUUCACUUUGCUCUCCCAGUUUUAUAUAAAGAAACAAAGUAGGAAGUUGGAGAUUUUAAACCCAUGCCUGGUUACUGUUACCUGCCAAAAACUGGAAAUGUUUCAAAUUAGUCUGGUUUGUUGUCACUUUUGUCGGCUCAUUAUAUAGCUUGGACCAUUUUCGCAAUAUUGGAAGGUCAGCAGCAGCAGCUUGGCUGAGUUCUGGUGUAGACUUUGUACAUUUGACAUGUUCUUUUGGGGUUGUUAUUGUUCAGCAUCAUUAAAUCUUUUUAAAAUGUU